AGCAACACAAAAAUUCUUUUGCCCUUCAAUUCAAACGUCAACACCAACAACUACCUGUAGUAGUAGCCACUCUUCGUUUGUGUCCAAGCAAUCUUUAAGCUCCCACCAACACCAGGAUGAUCAAAACCUGAGGACCAUUCCAUGCUGUUUUAUUUCUUCCAAAUUUUGGGGCAGACUCAGACUAAUGCUAGGUUGUGGUGAAGUUUCUCCAAGCGAGCCAAAGGGACUCAUUUCACACGCCCUUGGAGAUUAGAAGGAAGAAGUUUAGUGAGCAGCAAAAGAGGGAGCAUCUUGAAAGAGAGGUCUCUAUGCUUCAAAAAAUGUUGAAUCAAGAAGAAAAUAUGCAUGAGGUUUUGGAGCAUAUCCUUAAUCAACAUAAUGGUUCUGCUGUCAGCAUACCGAACUUCCUUCCUCCUAAGAUAAAGCAGCUGUUGGCAGAAUUAGCCAUGGUUGAGGGUGAGAUACUUAGACUUGAAGGCCAAAUAAGCGAACUUCAAAAGAGUUUGAAACUUGAGCACGAGGUCACCAAGGAAUCAAAGUCCAAACAAUGGAAACAUGGAACUCUAAGCAACCGUGUAGGUCGUUCAUCACCAACAACAAACACAAACCACAUUAACAAAGUUGGUAAUGAAACGAUGGCCUAUGAGACCAAAGCAUUGCAUUUCAUAAGUAAAGCUAUAAAAGGCGAUUACAAUCUCAAUAAUUUCACUAUAGCAGAGAAAUUGGGAAAUUCAAGAGGAUUUGCUGAUCAAAAGGAAAAUCUUCUCCAUGAGGCUGUUAAAUUUCAGGACAAGAUUCCAAGAAAAAGUGGGAUGCUGAAGCCAUCCUCACCCUUGCGUGAACCACGACAUCCAUCACCCAAGUGGUUAGUGCUUCUUCCAGUUGUUUUGACUCUCAUAGCAACCAAUAAUAAUGAUACCAAAAUUGUGGAUGCUAUUGCUGACUUAUGCUACACAAAGUGGGCUUUGGAAGCAUUUGUAAUAGCAAAUGCAAAAAGAUAUUCUGGAGCGUGGCUAAUAACACGCUGUGGUUCACUUAUGACAAGUGGCUAUGAUCUCAAUCAUUGGUAUCGUUGUUUGGCCUUCCUCAUCCUUACUGGAAUACUAUUUCGCGCUAUUGCAUUCUUUUUUAUGGUAACCUUCCAAAAGAAGUAAGAAGCAAUGACGUUCUGUGGAAUAAGCAUCAGAUAACUUUGUGCCAAUGGCCACAGUAAUGCAUCUUUUUCACCCAUUCUAUGCGUACAUAAAUGGCAGAAUACUAUACCAAAACUAUUGCCUUAGUAGUAACUCCCAUAGACCUUGCAGACUCUUAGAAAAUGACAGAAGAUUCACUAUGGGGUCAGGUCCUCUCAGAAACCAUUAGACAGUAAUUAUUUCAGGGACAUUCUGAUCCGUACCACACAACUGUAGUUCUGGACAAGUGUUGCAUGUAACCUGAUUUAAAGUAGCUGCUCCUAGUAAGGUUUUGCUAGUGUUCUGUAUGCUGUUGUUAUAUGACUAUUUGCCUUUGAUUGUCUUAAGCAGAGUUUGUAUUCUCCAAUUACAAGAACACUCAAUAAUUGUUAAGUCUUAGGAUUAGUGAAAAUAAGUAGGUGAACAUAAAAACAUUCGGUUCAUUAUGUUGAACAUAAUUUGUCUAUCAGAAUUAAAAUAGAUAUU